UUAAGAAAGUGAUAAUUCGGUUUUUACGAGGCACGUUGGAGUAUGGUCAACACCCGGUAUACCUGUAUUUCUUGAAAUGAUCAGAGAUCGAAGAGCAGUCUCGUAGACAAUGAGUACUUGAUAUAUUACAUGUGAACUUGCAUUAUUGGGCAAGGAGCAAAAUUGUAUUUACCUGUUCCCAAUAUUUGAACUUGCUUAUAUGUAUACUUCGAAUCACAUGUUGUAGGUCCGUAUGGAGUGGGGACCCGUCGUGAACUGAAAUCAAGCAACUGUAUGAUCACCGAAGUGGUUUAAAUCAAGACCGAGAAUCAAGAUUUUUUUUAAAUUGUUGAUCGAACUAUGGAAGUGCUUGGUAUUCUAUCCUGGAUUUGCAUUGCAACGACGAUUGGAUUCUUUUGUUCUGGCAUACCGGUCUUCAUACCAAUCAUUAAGAAUGGAUCGACUGGAAAUACUCAAUUUCUACCAUUUCUUCUGGGGUUGAUGAAUGGUAUAGCUUGUCUAUGGUAUGGUGUAUUAAAGGCUGACUUCACUAUGAUUGUGGUCAACACUACAGGAGUAGUCUUUCAUAUCUUUUACGUCACAAUCUACCUAUUUUAUACCAAGGAAAAGGAGAGUACAAAUCAGAAGUCUCUACUUGGAUGUGCAUUCUUGGUCGGUAUCUACGUCUAUUUCAAUCACGUGAUUACAGAGAGAUCGGUGGUAGAGAACCAGCUUGGUCUAACCACCUGUCUCAUGGUUCUUGCGACAAAUAUAUCACCUUUGGCCGAACUGGGAAACGCCAUUAGAAAACGCAAUAGUGAGUCGUUCUCUGCUUUUAUGGCGGGCGCCAUGUUUGUGACGUCACUCGCAUGGACAUUAUAUGGAUUGCUUAUAGAAGACAUAUAUGUACAGAUACCUAGUGUCCCUGGGAUGGUUUCCGGUAUUACCCAGCUUGCAUUGCUCGGCAUAUUUCCAUCACGUGGUCCUGAAAAGCGCGCCAAAGCAGAUUAAUGAGUGGAAGGUUGAUCGUCUGCAUAUGAUUAUUUUGCUGGAAUUUCAAUUAACACAGCUUUUCCAAAAAAAAUAUCCCUAACAGAUUUUAGUCAAAAGCGUGUGUGCAUUUGUGUGUAUAUCUUGUUCUCUGUCAUGUCUGUUGUAAAUCGAUUCAAUUUAUUACGAAAUAAAUUUGUAUUUUACAGAUGUUUUGCAGAAUACAUUUGAACAACUUUUAGCUUCGAGGUUUGGAUCUUGGCAAGUCUCAAGAUUGGUUUAAAAAUUUAUUCGUAUAGAAUGCAGCCUACCAAUUAAAGUUCUAUACAGUUGACCUUUAGGAAAUAAAUGUGUGUAUGCUUAUACAAUCUCCAAAUACAUUUCUGAGUCCAUUUUCGAUAGGUAUAAUUAUAUUCCGUACUUUCUUAUAAUACUUUUCAUCAAGCAUGGCUUUCGACUUUCAGAAGUAUUUUACCUAUCAUCUCCAUGAUCAGAAUUUAUUUCAAAUCAUCUAAUAACUUUUGAAAGCAUUCGAUUAAAUUCCUUGUUCAUUAAUUUGGACAUUAAAAAAACAUAAUAAAUGUGUCAGGAAAAUUAUUCCGGGAGAAGAUAUUAUUUGAUUUGUGUGAUAUUUAUUUAUUAAUUACCAUUUGCUUUAUUGUUUCGCUUUUAAUCAAAAUAAUUUCAAAAUAAUGUUUCCGAUACAUAUUUUUCAAUCAAUUCAAAAAUUUAUUUUUCAAUCAAUUUAAAAGUCACAUGCGUUAUACUUUGAUUAGAAGCACAGUUCCUAUGGUAACCGUUAAAUCAAAUGUCCAACAUAACCUUUCAUGAAACGCACCAAAGAUGACGACAAGACAAGAUCCUGGAGGAACUAUCAUCAUUUAUCGUGAAAGAGAAGAAAGGAAUCCGGACGUCUUCUCUUUCUUCUCAUGAUGAGUUUAAUAUUGCCAUCUUGCUUUGACGAUGUCAUAUUUUGAGGUUUUUCAGGUUCGAGGCGGGAAGCAAGGGAUUUGCCUCCCCCUCUUUAACUCUGAGCGUUACUGAGAAAUUUUGACACAUUCCAUUGUCUUGCUUUCAAAUUUAUGGAUACUCCACUGUCAACAAGGAGAACAGAUCCAUUUCCCCCCC